GGCAGCUCUCUCUCUCUCAGGGAAACCUUGCAGUCAUCGCGCGCCAAGGCCGAAUUUUCCCAAAGGAGAAACUUCUUCGGCUUCAACUUUUUGAUUUCAGUGAUAGGAGCUUCACUCCACCAUACAUUGAUACCUUUCAAUAUAUUUCAUUCAGGCGAAGGCCUGGUCUCCGUUCGCUCUUUUAUUUUCAUGUGUAUAUAUUUACUUAGUUCUUUAUAACUUUGUCCUGACCCGCACUAACUACAAUCCCCGUUCCAUUUUCAAGAUCGCGACUGACUAGCUGCUUGCGCUGCACAAUGCCAAAUGCCAGCACUUCCAGCAUCAGUCAUACCGAAGGCGCCUUUCCCUUCUUCCAAUGUCUUCUCAUCUGCAAUAUCGGCCGUAAUGGCCAAACGGCCACCUUCCUUCAACCAGCCUAGAUUUCACAUUGCUAGCUCGUUGCUCUGCGACGAUCUUCUACAACGAUUGGGUCCAUCAUUGAAGAAGCAUUCCUCAUGCGAUAUCAUCGACGUUUUCCCUGGCGCAGGAUUACUCUCAGCAAAACUACAUAACCAUCUUAAACCUCGACGUCAUCUUUUAAUCGAACCCAAUACCAACUAUUACCAGUCAUUUCUAAAACCUUUGACCGAAGAACAAGAUUCUACUUACAAACAUUUGCCCUGGGACCCGUUAGACCUCAAAACCUAUGAUGAUCUAUUCCUUCAAGGACAUCUGCCAGAACAAACCAAACAGCCACCUGUUUGGUCUCAAGGCAGUGGAUGUGCUACGAAUGACAGCCUACUCGUACUGGCCAAUAUAACUGCGAAGCCGCAAUAUGGGCAAACGUACACUCUUCUACUACGAUAUCUUGAGGCGUGUUUGGACCAGACAUUGUUUCAUCGAUACGGGCUAGUGCGAAUGAUCGCGCUCCUCUCAUCUGAUGAUGCGGAAGUACUAUUGCCUAGAGUAAUUUCUAGGCGGAGGCGAUCUGCUGUUAUCGCAGAGGCUACUUGCUCAGAUAUAACGGAAGUUGCUGGUGAUUCCGCCCGUGAGUUGUGGCAUUCACAGAAGGGGCUUUCAACGUUGGAAGUAAGUAGAAAGCAAGUUGAAAACCGAUUCAAGGAGGGCGGCACAGUUACCCCUCCUGGCCGUGAUGCUAGCCCUCCGGAGCUCGCCCCAGACGCGGGAAAGUACGGAAAGCGUGAAUCCUAUGUGCCUCGACCAAAACGCCCGUGGCAUGACACGUAUAUUGAACUGACUCAAAACCCCAAUCUUCCGGACCUUCGGACACCUGCACAGAGGGGAAGACCGUCAUUAAAAAGCCCUAGACGUACUGAUACGACCGAUAAAUUAGCUCAUGGCAAAGUUACCGCUCUGCAUAGGCGUCUCGUUCACGAGAAUCGGGAUGAGGCCUUGUUUAGAAAAGCGGAACCGAAAGUAAUACAGAUUGAGCAGCUAGAAGCUGAACUAGUUUUGAUGCUACAGACCAAAUCGCCGACUCUAGCAGAUGUACUCAAACGUGUAAAGCAAAUUCAUGUGGAGUUAUUGGAAGUUGAAGAGCAACUCAGCUCGCGCAACAGCGUCGCAUUGUCGCGCUUCGAUUCACUUAUGGAAGAACGAAUGUGCUUCGACGGCAUUCGGUCAGGCACUAAGGAACCUCUUCUACUCUGGGAUAAACGUCCAUAUGAGCCGUUUGAUGUCGGUUCUGACGAGUUUACACCCAACGGCUUGUGUUCAGUCAUCGAUUUUCAGCCGAAUCCUAAUUCGAACAUCAUCCAAACCCAACAACAGCACAUCAAAAAUAAAACGCUUCACAACUAUCACCUGAUGCUUCGGGCCUACCGCCAUCUCAUGGGCACGGUAACAACCCACAGCCAAAGAUCUAUUGGCGAUAUCCUGCGCCCAAUGUUUCCUGAUCGCUCGAUGUCCAGUUUGAUCCAAUCAAUCCCCAACCUCGCCCCAUUCGCGAGGCCGAAAAUCCUCCAAAUGGUCGAUUCAAAGAUAAAAAUGAGGCGCUUGAUAUCCCUAACCGAAACAGUUGAUGUUAACAAGCCCAUUCAAGAGGUGGCGCCUGAACUUGCGGAAUACGACGAAAACUGCUUCAGUUCAGUCAAGGUCCGACAUUUGCCGUCCUCUGUCUUGUGGGAUAUAAUCGUCGAAUGGCAAGGAUCGUCCAACGGCUUUGAGGCUGAAGAAGACAUAUAUAAAGUGCUGGGCGGGGCCCGACUUAAACGGAUGGAUGGGGAAGCUUUCACGACGGGCUUCGCAUAAGAAGGCGUAGCCCAUCAAUGGCAUCGAAAUGGCAGCGCCGAUUCUCAGACCUCUUCUCAUCAUGUUGCCAUAUACCAUGCUAUUUACAAUGUAUAUAUAGACCUAAUGCCUCUGUACAAUAUUUAUCCUUUAAUAGACGUUACCGUAAUUGGGCUAGAAAAAAUUUCUUAGAACCUUUUUCAUGAAGGCAUUUCCAGGUGUUAGUGGGUGGCUUAUGCUCGUUGAUUUUUGAAAUGGGUUUAUUCAUUCACUAUCUUACCCUCUCUUUCU